AUUUUGGGAUUUACAGUUCACAAGGCUAAAGUCUCUAGCAAAUGUACAAAUUAAUAGACUACAGUAUCCAGAAAGCACCUCGGGACAGCACCGUUUCUUACAACACGGAACCGACGCUUUUAACUGCAAGCAAAAAAAAAACCCAACGUUUGUUUUGCGUAUUUCACUCAGAUGCAUUGCAUUUUUAUUGAACUGAUAUUUUCAUUACAACGGCUCUCUGUCUUAUAGGCAGUAAGGUGAAGAUGGACCGAACACAUGAGGCGAGAACCAUCGUUGUUUCAGGCUGUCCACAAAACGAGCUUGAUUGCAGAAGAAUGGCAGACAAGCUUGUGAUUCACUUUCAGAAAGCUAAAAGCGCCGGGGGGGACGUGGAAAAAAUCAAGUACCCAACAAGAAUCAAAGGUGUUGCUUAUAUUACAUUUGAGGAGAAGGAAGUUGCAGACCGGGUGCUUACAGUGGAGCAGCUUCUUGCAGACAAGGAAUUUGAAAAGGAAUACCCUUUAACUGUUUAUAGAUUCAGUGAAGAGGUGUUCUGCUAUACACACGCAGAAGUUGACUUAUCACUUUUCAGUGAGCAUGAGAAGUUGAUAAAGGAACUUCGGACCAGGAACAGAGCAGUUAGGAUCUCGCCUUUGCAGGAUAACCAGAGGGUUCAAGUGGAGGGGCCAUUCACAGCAAUCAAGAAGCUGAGAGAAGAUCUACUGCGGUUGCUUGAAACUUCACAGAAAGAGAAAAGUGUGACGGCUAGAGAUCGGAGAAGGGAGCGACAGAGCAGCAGAGCAGUGACCUCAGAGCAGGGUGCAGCACCCUUCAGUUCUGAGGCAGAUGCUUCCAACACAGAAGCAUGUCUCAUUUGGUUGGACACUAAUGUGUUUCGGUACAUACAACAUGUUCAUAAAGAUGACUUUGAAUGGAUUUUAAAGAAACAUGAUGUGCAAGCCACAACACAAGUGGGGGGUGAUCUUACCGGAGUAACACUGAAAAAGAGGUACCAAGGUCUGUGGCAGCUGGAAACAGCAAAGUUAGAGAUAGAGCAAUGGGUGAGCAAUGUGCAGUCACGUUUACGCACUGAAACGAUUCAUUAUGAAAAAGACUUUGAAGAAGAGAAAUUCUUACAGGCAUGCAAAGAUGUAAGCUGUGGCUUUCCUAGGGUCCUGUUUACCCCGGUGGAAGGUCAUAUUGACAUAAUUGGUAAUUCAUCAGACUGCUACUUGUUCUGUCAGCUUGUUGAAAUGCAGAUGAAGUCUUCUCUGCAUGAUAAGGACAGGUGGUUAAGCGCUAGCCCUGGUGCUACAGACAUGUCCUAUUACAGCACCGGCAGAACCGGUGAACCAAACUCCCUCCCUAUGACUAUGAAUUCAGAUAUGCACAGAAUGUCAGGAAAUAAUCUGUACAGCAGCAUGCAUUGUGACAACUGGUCUGAGAGAUAAGGAAAACCAAAAGUCUGUGUACGUAGCUGUAUAAUAAGUUUUGAAAUCCUUUUCAGUAUGUCAAGUUGCAGGGUUCACACACCUUUUAUUGAAUUUCUAAGCAAAUUGCUCAAAAGAUCUUCAGUUGUACUCCAGUAUUAUUUACAUCUAUUGUAGGAUAAAUACACAACCUUUCAGAUUAGUGGACUGGAGCAGUGGAAGCUUCCCCUUUCUGAUUGCAGUGUAUAUACAGUAAUGACAAACGUUAACAUACACUAAAAAGUGUAGUGUGUAUCCUGAUGUAGUUCAAUGUUGAUUAUUUCAUGAAGGGGACCUGUUUGAAUUACUGUAUUAUUUAAUGUAUAAUUGUAUGUUACCUCAAGCACUGUGCCAAACUUGUUAGAUCAGUCCACCUUAAUUCUAUUUUUUCUUUCAGUCAACGCUGGCUAAAUGCCAGGUGGUUUCCUCAUCCGUAAAUUGUACGUCAUUUACUUUUAACUUUAAAGGUCAUCAGGUAACCUAUUUAUAAACACAACUUUCUGUGCUUGCUAAUUAUUAUAAAACAUAUUUCUUUAAUAGGUUAUUAUUAAAAGAAAAACAAAUGUUGUUAAUUUUUCCACCUUUGUCAUACCAUAUUCAAUGUAGCUGUUGUAUUUAAACUACAUUAAAACUAUAUUUCAAUUUCCUAUUAAUGCAGAUGGAUUAACAGUGCUCCUGGGUUGAAAGGUGUUGCCGUCAUGGAAACAUAUUUGUUUGUAUAUUAUUUGUUUCCCAGUACUGAAUCACAUAUAUCUUAGUUAGUUAAAUGCUUGUAUGAAUCUCAGUUUUUAGGUCAUGUUGUGGAGGAAUUUAAUUAACUUGAAAAAAGAAAACAUUUGUAUUCAUUUGUUUUAACCAUUUAUUAUAUUCCACUCUGGGUGUAGUGGAUGCUCCCAUAAUUAUUUAUUUAUUUAGCAGAUGCUUUAUCCAAGGCAACUUACAGAGACUAGGGUGUGUAAACUAUGCAUCAGCUGCAGAGUCACAACAACGUCUCACCCGAAAGACAGAGCACAAGGAGGUUAAGUGACUUGCUCAGGGUCACACAAUGAGGCAGUGGCUGAGCCAGGAUUUGAACCAGGGACCUCCUGGUUACAAGCCCUUUAACCACUGGACCACACUAUCUCCUAUACAUAUAUCAGAGUUUUUAUAAACAUAUAUAUCUGAAUGCUUUGUGUAUUGCUUGUGCUGUAUCUCAGACUUUUUGUUCUAUUGCUUUUAAACCUGAGACAGUACACCAGUGAAUUUGCUGUCUGGGAAACCUUGGAGUUUUCUCAAUAUCCCAAUCACUCCAAAACAGCAGAACUAAUUUCUUUCAAAUUUUAUUAAGGUAUGCCUUUCAUAAGGUGUGCUGAUUAGAUCUUAAAGGUGACACGAUCAUUUUUUCGUAAACCAGGUUUAAUUCGUUUUUAGUGGCAUAAUACAUUAUACCACUGGGGGGAGCUGUAGACCUUGUAAAAACAAUUCAUUAGCGGAGUCCUUCACAUUUACAAGCUAGGAAUGUCUUUAAGCUACAGGCUGCUGAAGGCAUGUUUGCCAUGUUUAUUUUUUUAACCCCUAGAAAUAGUUUAGAUGCCUGGGCCCAUGGUUAAAAAAUUACAAUAAUCUACUGGUGAUUUUCAGGCCCAGAUUUGAAGAUUCAUUUUUUUAGUGCUCUGUACAACUGUAAAUGGCAGUACUGUUUAGUGUCCUUUUCUUAUGUACUGAUCGUGUCCGUGUGUCCUUCAGUCUGUCCUGUAGUCGUUUUGAAUUGCGUUUGGCUAUAAUCCGAUAAACUCUGUUUUAAAAAAAAAAUAAAAUUUACCUUUCA